AUGAUUCAAUACAGUCCAUUGACAAUAAUCAACAAAAAACUAGCACGAAUACCAUCGCGUGCUAAUCAAUAUUCUUCGACUCAAACAACAGGUGACACAUGUCAACAUAUGAUGAAAAAUGCAAUUGAAUCAUCAACAAUACAUCUUCAACAAAACAUUGUGGAUAACUUUGUAACAUUUUCAGGAAAAAAAGGUGAAGAUGCAGGAAAAUGGCUAGAUCAUAUUUUUGAAGUUAUUGAACAACAAGAAUUAACACCAAGUGAACAACGUGAUAUAGCUGCAAGAAGAUUAACUGAUGAUGCUUUAUUAUGGUAUCGUCUUAAUCGUCUAAAAAUGCCUGAUAUGCAAUGUUUUAUUUAA